GACAAGGUGAGAGCUGAGAUUUCUGGGAAGAUUAACAAUGUCGCCGUAUCUGAAAACGCUCAAGAUACAGUAGGAGAGGACUGUAGGAUUCUGGGAGAGGGUUUAUCACAAGCCCGAAGGACUUCUGUCGGACUGCUCUGACAAAAUGAUGCGCUUCCUGUUGCUGUUCAGCCGGCAGGGGAAGCUGCGGCUGCAGAAGUGGUUCACACCAAUUACGGAACGGGAGAAGAAGAAGGUGAUCCGGGACAUGAUGAUGUUAGUGUUGGCCCGUCCACCACGUUCCUGCAACUUCCUCCAAUGGAGAGACCUCAAGAUCGUUUACAAGAGGUAUGCCAGUUUGUAUUUCUGCACCGGUCUGGACGACCACGACAAUGAGCUGCUGAGCCUCGAAGUGCUGCACAGAUAUGUCGAGUUGUUGGAUAAAUACUUUGGCAACGUCUGUGAGCUGGACAUCAUUUUCAACUUUGAGAAGGCUUACUUCAUCCUGGACGAAUUCCUGAUGGGAGGGGAAAUUCAAGAAACGUCCAAAGUAUCUGUGGGAGUGUCUAUAGAGGAGGCUGACACCCUCCAGGAGACGAUGGAGGAAUACAUGAGCAAACCCGCCUACUGAGCCCAGAGAAGACGAGGGUGUUUCACAUUUCAAGACUUGAAGCAAAAGGUUUAUUAGUCCGCAACAUUUUUAUUGAGUGAGGGUCGUACAGUCCUCCUGACUUUUCCUUUUUAUCUUAAGUUUUAAUAAUUGUAAUUAUGUUUGAGUCUGUAAGUGCCUUUAACGCCUCAUAUUUAUUAAUCUCAGGGUUUUAUGACAGGAGAUGUGACUGAAAAGAGUCUUGUUCCCAGUUUAUCUAAAUCAUUUUUUUUCAUAUUUGAAUAUGUUUUUGUAAUCUCAGUAGUAAUACCUGUGAGGCAGGACACAUUU